AUGAGGAGGCUCGGGUUAUUAGCGGUUUGUUUGGCGUUGGCGAGAUGUUGCUCUUGGGAUAAUUGUAACCCAGUAUCCACUGAUCCGAAUGUUUUGAAUGUUCACUUGAUUUGCCACAGUCACGACGAUUUGGGAUGGCUGAUCACCGUUGAUCAGUACUAUGAGAGAGAAGUUCAAUACAUCUACGACACAGUGUUGCAAGAGUUGGAAAAAGACUCAACAAGGAGAUUCUCUUUUGCUGAAACUGGUUUCUUCAUGCGAUGGGUGGAGAGUCGAAACUCGAGUAUUCUAGCAAGAUGGCAGAAAUUGGUGGCAGCAGGACAAGCCGAGGCGAUCGGUGGAGGAUGGGUGCAAAAUGAUGAGGCCACCGCUCACUAUGUUGACAUUAUUGAUCAAAUGACAUUGGGUUAUGAACACCUGAAAAGCCUCUUCGGAGAGUGCGGCGCCCCACAAGCAGCCUGGCAAAUUGACCCGUUCGGGCACAGCCGAGAGUUCGCCAAUCUUGCAGCUCAGAUGGGCAUGACUUCAUUGUGGUUUGCCAGAAUUCACUACUUGGAUCGAACCCAGCGUCGCACUCAGAAGAAUCUCGAGUUCAACUGGGUCGGAAACGAUGAACAGAAAAAAUCGAUUUUCACGGGAAGCUUCUAUUCUCAUUAUGGCCCACCAGACAAUUUUUGCUUUGACUCUGGAUGUAAUGAUGAGGAAAUCAAUGAUGGAAACGUUGACCGACGAUCUCGACAAUUUGCGGAUGAAGUGAAAGCACAGGCUUCUCACUAUCGAACGAACAACGUCUUGUUGACGAUGGGCAACGAUUUCAACUAUCAACAAGCCAACAAGUGGUACCGAAAUCUCGACAAGCUCGUUGCAUACAUCAAUGCUAAUCCAAGCUUUGGAAUGAACGUCCAGUACUCGACUCCAGCCUGUUACGCGAAUGCUCUCCAAGCAACACCGACCAUUUGGGGAUCAAAACAAGACGAUUUCUUUCCAUAUGCUUCUGGUGAUCACAGCUUCUGGACUGGGUAUUUCACCUCAAGACCGGCUUUCAAGGGAAUGAUUCGUCAAGCUAGUUCGUAUCUCAAUUUGGGCAAACAACUGACCGCUCACUUUAAUUUGAACGACGAUGCCGCUUUGGAAACAGCAAAGAGAGCCAGCGGACUUGUACAACAUCAUGAUGGAGUCAGUGGAACAGCCAAGCAAGUGGUCACUUACGACUACCAACAGCGCUUGGACAAGGGAGUGAGACAGCUUGAGACGAUGAUCAACGAUGCUGUGAAGAAGUCCUCAACCGGAACUCCACCCACUUACACUUUGUGCCUUUUGAGCAACGAGACUGUUUGUGAUGUCAGCCAAAAAUCUGGAAGCUAUGCCGUUACCAUAUUCAACCCAAUCAGCAGAACUGUGAGCUCGUUCGUUCGAGUUCCUUUCUAUCACCCAAUCGCCUCAGUCGCCGAUGAUACUGGAGCUGCCGUCAAAGUGCAAAUUGUUCCAACGUUCUCGAUUCCUCCUUUAUCCUCGGCCAACAUUGCCCCUUAUGAGCUCUACAUUCCCGUCCUACUAGAUCCAGCCGGUUUCAGGACUUAUUUCGUUUCUGGAAGUGGAGUGUCUGGAAGGCCACCAAAACAAAGCAACGCGGAACUUGCCUACCCGGAAAAAGUGAUUCAACCAAGUGAAGCUGAUACGGUUUCGAUCGAAAACGAUUAUGUUUCUCUUCAAUUCGACGCAAACGGCUACUUGUCUUCGGUUCAAAACAAGAAAUCGGGAACUCGUCGCAAUUUGAAGCAAGAGUUUCUCUAUUAUGAGAGCAGUGCCAACUCUGCUCAACCCUCUGGUGCCUACAUUUUCCGGCCAGCUGCUCAAACGACGAAAACUUUGAGUACAUCAAUUACUACUACCGUUGUCAAGGGCGCCUCGGUGCAAGAGGUGAGGCAAAAGGUGACCGACUGGGCUUAUCAGACGAUUCGCCUCUACACUGGACAGCCACAAAUUGAAUUCGAUUGGGUCAUCGGACCGAUUCCGAAAGAAAACAGCAACCCAAUCGGAAAAGAGAUCAUCACUCGAUACACAACGGAUAUCAAAACAAAUGGACUCUUUUGGACGGAUGCAAGCGGAAGACAAGUGCUCCAGAGAACAUGGGACUCCUAUCCACAAUUCCAAUAUGAGGACACUGAGCCAAUUGCCGGAAAUUAUUACCCAGUCGUCAACCGGAUCUACAUGAAAGAUAAUACAAAUCAAUUGACUGUGCUGACCGAUCGUGCGCAAGGAGGAAUGGCCAGGAAUGGAGCGCUUGAAUUGAUGCUUCAUCGUCGUUGUUUCCACGACGAUCAUUUCGGUGUCGAUGAAGCUUUGGAUGAGCCUGGAAAAGACGGAAAGGGACUAGUUGUUCGUGGACAACAUUGGGUUCUUUUCGAUGAACCGGCGCCAUCAGCAUCAACCCAUCGCCCACUCGCCGUCAAUCUCUUCCAUCGUCCGAUCGCCGCUUAUGCCACCGUUGCCGAUCCUGUUGCUUACCGACAAGCAACCAAAACCAAGUUUGCUGGCCUCAAGCGCGACCUUCCAGCCAAUGUGAACCUGUUGACGCUGGAGAAGAGAAGCGAUGGAAUCUUGAUGAGAUUGGAGCAUAUCUUCCAAGCAAAUGAGGAUCCAUCCCUUUCACAACCAGCCACGAUCGAUUUCUCGAAUCUCUUCACCGGGUUCACGAUUCAGUCGGUGCAAGAGUUGAUGCUUGGAGGAAACAAAAAUUCCACCGGAAAGUCCACAACAGUCACUCUGAACCCCCAAGAGAUUCGCACUUUCUCGCUCACCGUUUCCCCAAUGGCCCCAAAAGAUUAU